CUCCCUCUUCUCCUACGCGCACGGGGAGGGAAGAAUUGGUUCGUUGGCGUUGGCCUUGGCCUCGGAUCCAGAGCGCGGAACGCGUGCGGCGUUCGGAUCGACCCGCUCGAAGGCCGGGGGGCGCGAGGUAGGGGCCAGGAUCGGCGGCGAUGGUGAAGGCCGUGGUGGUGGGCGCGGCGGUCGUGGCGUGUGCGGCGGUCGGGGUGGCGGUGGUGCUGGAGCGCCGCCGGCGUAAGCGAGACGCCGACCUCCUGGGGUCCGCGGAGGCGGAGAGGAGGAGGCGCGCGGCCGCCGUGAUCGAGGAGGUCGAGAGCAGCCUCGCCACGCCCACGGCGCUGCUGCGGAGCAUCGCGGACGCCAUGGUCGCCGAGAUGGAGCGCGGCCUGCGCGGGGACAUCCACGCGCAGCUCAAGAUGCUCAUUAGCUACGUCGACAGCCUCCCCACCGGAGAUGAACAUGGGCUGUUUUAUGCACUGGAUCUUGGAGGGACCAACUUCCGUGUGCUGCGAGUCCAGCUAGGAGGAAAGGAGAAACGUGUUGUCAAACAACAGUAUGAGGAGGUUUCCAUUCCACCACAUUUGAUGGUCGGGACUUCCAUGGAACUAUUUGAUUUCAUUGCUGCUGCAUUGGCUAAAUUUGUCGGUACUGAAGGUGAAGAUUUCCAACUCCCAGAGGGUAGGCAGAGAGAACUUGGUUUCACUUUUUCCUUCCCGGUGAACCAAACAUCAAUAUCAUCAGGAACACUCAUCAAGUGGACAAAGGGCUUUUCCAUCAAUGGCACGGUUGGUGAAGAUGUUGUUUCUGAGUUGAGCAGGGCCAUGGAGAGGCAGGGACUAGAUAUGAAAGCUACGGCAUUAGUCAAUGAUACAGUGGGCACAUUGGCUGGUGGGAGAUAUAUGGAUACCGAUGUAGUUGCAGCUGUAAUAUUGGGCACUGGUACAAAUGCAGCAUAUGUGGAGCAUGCAAAUGCAAUUCCUAAAUGGACUGGGUUACUGCCUAAAUCUGGAAAGAUGGUAAUUAAUACAGAGUGGGGGAGCUUCAAAUCCAACAAACUUCCUCUUUCAGAAUAUGACAAAGCCAUGGACUUUGAAAGUUUGAACCCUGGAGAGCAGAUAUACGAGAAAAUGAUUUCUGGUAUGUAUCUCGGAGAGAUUGUUCGAAGAAUUUUACUGAAGUUGGCACAUGAAGCUUCUCUAUUUGGGGAUGUUGUUCCACCUAAGCUGGAGCUGCCAUUUAUAUUGAGGACGCCAGAUAUGUCAGCCAUGCAUCAUGACUCCUCACAUGACCUCAAAACUCUUGGAGCUAAACUGAAGGACAUAGUCGGGGUCGCGGACACUUCCCUGGAAGUAAGGUACAUCACUCGUCACAUCUGUGACCUUGUCGCAGAGCGUGCAGCACGCCUGGCCGCCGCAGGCGUGUACAGCAUCCUGAAGAAGAUAGGCCGGGACAAAGUACCAAGCGGUGGCGGUAAAAUGCCGAGGACCGUAGUUGCCUUGGACGGUGGGCUCUACGAACACUACAAGAAGUUCAGCAGUUGCGUAGAAGCGACUCUCACAGACUUGCUCGGCGAGGAGGCUUCUUCCUCCGUGGUCGCCAAGCUGGCCAACGACGGCUCUGGCAUUGGAGCUGCGCUUCUCGCAGCCUCACACUCCCAGUAUCAGUAUGGCGCGAGUGACUAGUAGUCCUGAAAUGGGCGCGGAUCGAGAUUUUGAGUGUAGCUCUCAUUUAUCUUUUCUUUUUUCCCUUUUCAAAACAUCUUUUUGGGGAUUUUUUUCGGCUUCCUUUUGUUGGCUAUUCCGUGGAUGCACUUACGGCUCUGCAUUGGGAUGUAGCUAGUAUAGAGCCAAUGAGUUUGGAGGUUAUCUAAUGGCACAAGGCAGGAGCAUGGAAAUGGAAGCAGAGCAAUGACAUUCAUGCUCUGCCCAUUCUUUUUUCCCCUUGUAUGGUGUUGUAAACCAAUAAAAAAAUGUUAACCCUUUUUUUUGUGUGUGUUGGCAAUAAAGAGAAUACGAUAAUUUGACC